AUGGUUGCAAGCGAUUUCUUUCUAUUAUUUAUCAAUCACAAGGGUAGAUUUGUGACUGUCGAUGGGUAUGAGGCGUAUUAUGGUGAUUGUGUUGCCACGGUUACUGGGUUGGAUGUAGAUAGGCUAGGUUAUUUUGACAUUGAAGAUGAAAUAAAGAAGUUGGGAUAUGAAAACUGGGGUAGAAUAUGUUAUAAGCAUCGGACAACACGUGAAUUUAAAGAUAUAACAGAUGAUGCUGAUGUUAUGGACUGUUUGGGUCAAAUGCAGGGAAACAAAAGAUAUGUUGAAAUAUAUGUGCAAACUGAACAUUUAAAGAAAUCAUCUGGGGUUGCUGUGUGUCAACAAGAAAUUGAAUCUAGGAAUAGGGGGGUUGAGGCAGCUGAGGGGAGUAUACCCUUUGGUCAGGCUAAGGUUGCAGAGGAAGAAAUCAUGUUAAGGGUGAGAACAUGGCUUGGGCAGGGUGCUGGUGAUGGAUGGGACAAGGUGGUGUUAUUGUUUAGAGACAAGAGGGGGCCGUGA